AUGACGCCUGCACCAAGCAGAGCCAAAGUUUAUGCAGAUGUGAGUUUUUCGUCUUUAAAAGGGCAUUUUUACUUAGCAACGCAGAAUCAAUGGUAACUUUGCAAUUGAGAAAUAUGGCUCUGGUAGUAAUAACUUUUCAAGUCAUGUUUCAUAAAAGUUUAAGUAGGAUUUACGAGACCUAUUUGAGAUUUUGAUGGUGUUUUCAAUUUAGAAAUUUUUCUGAUAAAAUUGUAUUUAACUUCUCAAAACUUGUACUAAAGUUUACGUUGUGUGAUUAUUGCAGCUUUCCAGUUUUAUCUUAAAAUUGCCAUUUUUAUUGAUAAUUCCUUGCGUUGGAAUAUCGCACUUCAUUAGCACAGCACGCACUGUUAUGUUUUACUGUUUGCCAAUUUUGUAUCAAUAGAAAUUGAAAAACAUGUGAACAACGUUUACUUUAUCAUAAAUAUUUCAGGAAUCUUUUUAAAAAAUAGAUUGUUUUUAUAGUAACGCUUAUCAGCAAUACCCCAAAAAAAUCAAUAAAACUCAUCUGAUAAAAAUCUUUACAGGUAAAUCCAAGUAAACCUCGCGAAUAUUGGGAUUAUGAAGCACACAUUAUUGAUUGGGGUCAAAUUGAUGAUUAUCAAUUGGUCCGAAAACUUGGCCGUGGAAAAUACUCGGAAGUUUUUGAGGGGGUAAAAAUGAGUACUGAUGAGAAAGUCGUUGUAAAAAUUUUGAAGGUUUGUUUUGUCGAAAAAAAAUAGUGAAAAAAGUCAAUUUAUAUAUUUUUAGCCAGUAAAAAAGAAGAAGAUCAAGAGAGAAAUCAAAAUUUUGGAAAAUUUGAAAGGAGGAACAAACAUCAUAACGCUCCUGGACGUUGUAAAAGAUCCGAUUUCGAGAACCCCAGCUUUGAUUUUCGAGUGAGUUGAUUUUUAAUGAAUUUCGAAAAAAAACUUUAUUGUUCCAGACAUGUCAACAACUCUGACUUCAAACAAUUGUAUCAAACUUUGAGCGAUUAUGAUAUCCGAUACUACUUAUACGAGCUUUUGAAGGUUAGUUUUUCAUACAGUUCGGGUUUUUUUUAGAAGAGAAGUUGAAUUAUUUUUACAGGCUCUCGAUUAUUGCCAUUCUCAAGGAAUCAUGCAUAGAGAUGUUAAACCACACAAUGUGAUGAUUGAUGCUGAAAAAAGAGAAGUAAUUAUAUAUUUAUGACUUUGAAUCUCACUUACAAUUUUUUAGCUUCGGUUGAUUGAUUGGGGAUUGGCUGAAUUUUAUCAUCCAAGACAAGAUUACAAUGUUAGAGUUGCUUCGAGAUAUUUCAAGGUUUGUUUUGAAAUCCAUCAAAUUUUCAUACAAUACAAUUAUUUAGGGUCCUGAACUACUGGUCGACUAUCAAUGUUAUGAUUAUUCUCUAGAUAUGUGGAGUUUGGGUUGCAUGUUGGCUAGUAUGAUUUUCCGUAAAGAACCAUUUUUCCAUGGUCACGAUAAUUAUGAUCAAGUAAGUUUUCUAUACUGUAAUUUGGAAUUUUUGAAAAUUCCCCAAAACUAUUUUUAAACUUAUCUGGAAAUCAAAUAAUUUUUUGUCUUUCAGCUUGUUCGAAUUGUAAAAGUGUUGGGUACAGAUGAACUGUAUGAAUAUAUCCAAAAAUAUCACAUCGAUCUCGAUCCUCGUUUCAAUGACAUUCUCGGUCGUCAUUCUCGCAAACGUUGGGAACGUUUUAUUCAUGCCGAAAAUCAACACUUGGUCACCAGCGAAGCUCUUGAUUUCCUCGAUAAACUUUUACGUUAUGAUCAUGCAGAGAGAUUGACAGCUCGCGAAGCAAUGGGUCAUGAAUAUUUCCGACCAGUUGUUGAGGCACAUGCAAGAAAUGCCGCAACAAAUGGAAUUGGUUCUGAAAUCGCCGAUGAUAUCACUAACAAAUCGGUCAAUGAAAGCACAUUCGCCUAA